AUGAUUAUCAUAGGGACAUUAGUAUCACAGGGACAUGAGGAGAGAGUGGAUAAUGAGACAUCGGUCUCAGAGACAGACACCGGCCUCAGAGACACCGACCUCAGAGACAUUGGCCUCAGAGACACCGACCUCAGAGACAUUGGCCUCAGAGACAUUGGCCUCAGAGACACCGACCUCAGAGACAUCGGUCUCAGAGACAUCGGCCUCAGAGACAUUGGCCUCAGAGACACCGACCUCAGAGACAUCGGUCUCAGAGACAUUGGCCUCAGAGACACCGGCCUCAGAGACACCGACCUCAGAGACACCGACCUCAGAGACACUGACCUCAGAGACAUUGGCCUCAGAGACAUCGGCCUCAGAGACAUUGGCCUCAGAGACACCGACCUCAGAGACAUUGGCCUCAGAGACACCGGCCUCAGAGACACUGACCUCAGAGACAUUGGCCUCAGAGACACCGGCCUCAGAGACAUCGGUCUCAGAGACACCGGCCUCAGAGACACCGACCUCAGAGACACCGACCUCAGAGACAUCGGUCUCAGAGACACCGACCUCAGAGACAUCGGUCUCAGAGACACCAGCCUCAGAGACACCAGCCUCAGAGACACCGACCUCAGAGACACCGACCUCAGAGACACCGACCUCAGAGACACCGACCUCAGAGACAUCGGCCUCAGAGACAUUGGCUUCAGAGACAUUGGCCUCAGAGACACCGGCCUCAGAGACACCGACCUCAGAGACAUUGGCCUCAGAGACAUCGGCCUCAGAGACACCGACCUCAGAGACACCGACCUCAGAGACACCGGCCUCAGAGACAUUGGCUUCAGAGACAUUGGCCUCAGAGACACCGACCUCAGAGACACCGACCUCAGAGACACCGGCCUCAGAGACACCGACCUCGGAGACAUUGGCCUCAGAGACACCGACCUCAGAGACAUUGGCCUCAGAGAGACCGACCUCAGAGACAUUGGCCUCAGAGACAUUGGCCUCAGAGACACCGACCUCAGAGACAUCGGUCUGAGAGACACCGGCCUCAGAGACAUUGGCCUCAGAGACACCGACCUCAGAGACACCGACCUCAGAGACAUUGGCCUCAGAGACACCGACCUCAGAGACACCGACCUCAAAGACAUUGGCCUCAGAGACACCGACCUCAGAGACACCGACCUCAGAGACACCGACCUCAGAGACACCGACCUCAGAGACAUCGGUCUCAGAGACAUCGGUCUCAGAGACAUCGGUCUCAGAGACACCGGCCUCAGAGACAGACACCGGCCUCAGAGACGUCGAGACACCGACCUCAGAGACAUUGGCCUCAGAGACACCGACCUCAGAGACACCGACCUCAGAGACAUUGGCCUCAGAGACACCGGCCUCAGAGACAUCGGCCUCAGAGACACCGACCUCAGAGACACCGACCUCAGAGACACCGGCCUCAGAAACACCGACCUCGGAGACAUUGGCCUCAGAGACACCGACCUCAGAGACAUUGGCCUCAGAGACACCGACCUCAGAGACAUUGGCCUCAGAGACAUUGGCCUCAGAGACACCGACCUCAGAGACACCGACCUCAGAGACACCGACCUCAGAGACAUUGGCCUCAGAGACACCGACCUCAGAGACACCGACCUCAGAGACAUUGGCCUCAGAGACAUUGGCCUCAGAGACACCGACCUCAGAGACACCGACCUCAGAGACACCGACCUCAGAGACACCGACCUCAGAGACAUCGGUCUCAGAGACACCGGCCUCAGAGACAGACACCGGCCUCAGAGACAUCGGUCUCAGAGACACCGACCUCAGAGACACCGACCUCAGAGACACCGACCUCAGAGACAUCGGUCUCAGAGACAUCGGUCUCAGAGACACCGGCCUCAGAGACAGACACCGGCCUCAGAGAUAGACGCCGGCCUCAGAGACGUCGGCCUCAGAGACGUCGGCCUCAGAGACGCCGGCCUCAGAGACGCCGGCCUCAGAGACGCCGGCCUCAGAGACGUCGGCCUCAGAGACGCCGGCCUCAGAGACGUCGGCCUCAGAGACGUCGGCCUCAGAGACGCCGGCCUCAGAGACGCCGGCCUCAGAGACGCCGGCCUCAGAGACGCCGGCCUCAGAGACGUCGGCCUCAGAGACGCCGGCCUCAGAGACGCCGGCCUCAGAGACGUCGGCCUCAGAGACGUCGGCCUCAGAGACACCGGCCUCAGAGACAUUGGCCUCAGACGCCGUGCUCUAAAGCGUCCUGUGUAA